CCUCAUCAUCAUAAUGGUGAUGAUCAUUUUUGACAUUCAAAUGUCAACGGUAACAUUAUAAUCAUAAAAAAUCCAUUGAAUAAAUAAUAAACGACAACGAUGGGGGGACGUAUGUCAUCCUCGUUGAAUGAUAUACAUAAUUCUUGUGAUGAUGAUAAUUUAAAUCGAUCAACAACAUUGAAAAGUGAAUCAUCCGCAUCAACACCAACCACAACAACAACAAUGAUGCAUAAUAAUGGUAGUCUAUCACCAUCAAUUUCAUUUCAACAACAACAUCCAUCCAAAUAUAAGUCAAAAUCAAUGAAAACGAUUAGUUCACCAACCAAUAAAAAAUCACAACAGAGAAAUAAAUUGGGCAAAGGUAUUAGUUUGGACCAUACAAAUUAUCAACCAACAGCCAACAUGUCAAUGUUAUUAUCGACAAGUGAUAUUGAAAGACCAGAGAAAAAUGAAUUGGAACGUAGAUUUCAAAAAGUGCUUACAUCAAUGGAUUUGCCACCGGAUAAAGCCAAAUUAUUACGUAGCUAUGAUGAUGAACGUAAAUGGGAAUUGAUACGUGAUCAAGGAAAAAUAACUGCCAGACAAUCACCGCAAGAUUAUCUGGAUAAAAUACAAACUUAUCUAGAUCCCAAAGCAUCGAAAAAUUCAAAAAAAUUACGCCAACUUGGUGGUGUGACAUCCACACAAGUACUUCGUGAUCUUGAAAUUUCUCUACGAACCAAUUCUAUUGAAUGGGUUAGAGAUUUUCUUUCCGAACAUAAUCGUGGUCUCGAUAUUCUGAUUGAAUAUCUAAAAUUUCGUCUUCAAACACAAAAACAACAACAAUGGCGUGAAUAUCAUCAGGGUACGAAUAAUAGUAACAAUAAUAAUGAACAAUAUUGCAACAAUAAUGCCACAAUUUCAACAGCAUUCAGUUCUACAUCCACAGCCAAUCUUAAUUCAAGUCAGGAAAGUUUUCCAUCUUCAACCAAUGCAAAUCAACAACAAUCGAAUGGUAAUCAUACAACAUUACAACGUCGGCCAUCAUUCCUAUUCUCUCGACAACAUUCGACAAAAGUAAAAUUGGGACAAGUUGGUGAUGAUGUUCAUGUUUGUAUAAUGUGUAUGCGGGCCAUUAUGAACAAUAAAUUUGGUUUCAAUUUGGUUAUGGAACAUAAAUCGGCAAUCAAUUGUAUAGCACUUUCCAUGACGCAUAAAUCAUUGCGUACAAAAUCAUUGGUUCUCGAACUAUUAGCAGCCAUCUGUCUUGUUAAAGGCGGCCAUCAAAUGAUACUUGCCGCAUUUGAUAAUUUUAAAGAAGAAAUUGGUGAAAAACGACGAUUUCAAACAUUGAUGCAUUAUUUUAUGAAUUAUGAACAAUUCAAUAUCGAUUUUAUGGUUGCUUGUAUGCAAUUCAUCAACAUCAUUGUACAUUCUGUUGAAGAUAUGAAUUUUCGUGUUCAUUUACAAUAUGAAUUCACACAACUGGGCUUGGAUGAUUAUCUGGAGAAUAAAUUACGCAAUAUGGAAUCGGAUGAUUUAUUGGUACAGAUUCAAGCAUAUUUAGAUAAUGUAUUCGAUGUUGCAGCAUUGAUGGAAGAUGCUGAACAAAAAAAUGUAGCAUUGGAACAAUGUCAACAAUUAAUACAACAAGUUGCCAAUGCACAUGAAGCUGAACGCGAUUGGGAAUCCAAAUUUCAUGAACUGAAACAUGCAUAUGAUUCAUUGGAAAAAGAUCAUUUGGAUCUGGCCCAAUCAAAUCAACAUAUGAUUGAUGAAUUAUCCAGAUUAAAACAAUCGGUGUCCGAAUUGGAAGAAUCUAGACGUCGUGAAUCAUUAUUAGAGUCUCGAAUUAAUGAAUUAAAACGAAUGUCAACCAGCGGUGGUGGUGGUGAUAUCGAUUCUACCAACCUAGUCAAUAGUGAUAAUAAUAAUGAAACCGGUUCCAAAAAUUCAUCACAUUUAACUUCUUCAUUAUCAUCAUCAUCAACAACAACAGUGCCUCAAAAUUCAACGCAAUCAUCAUUAACAUCACCUAUUCCACCGCCACCCCCUCCUCCGCCACCACCACCACCUCCUCCUCAACCAUCAUUCAGUAUGGUACCACCGCCACCACCACCUCCUCCUCCAAUGUCUUCCGGUGCAUUUGGAUCUUCGAAUGAAUCAUCGAAUAUGUUGAUGACAUUGAAACGAACCUAUCAGACCAAAUACAAAUUACCAACUUUCAAUUGGGUACCAUUAAAGCCGAAUCAAGUAAAAGGAACGAUAUUUAAUGAUUUUCAUGAUGAAGAAACUAUACUCAAAACGAUUAAUUUUGAUGAUUUCGAAGAACAAUUCAAGUUGGGCAUCAAAUCUUUUGGCGGUAAAAAAGCCGGCCCAAUUAGUGGUCAAGAUCAACGAGAUUCAUCUGGCAUGGCUAAUGGUAUUGGUGGUGGAAGUACCACCGGUGAUGUUUCGAAGCGUUUUAAAGUACCGGAGAAAGUUUCCCUAUUACAGCAUAAUCGUCUUCGAAAUAUGGCCAUUUCAAUGCGAAAAAUUGAUCUCGAUACCGAUACUGUUGUGAAAGCAAUACAUUCAUUCGAUACAAAUAUAUUAUCUAUGGAUUAUACCGAAGUCUUGUUACGAAUGAUACCACAACCCGAAGAAAUGAAAUCGUAUCGUGAAUAUGAACGACAAGGCAGAUCGAUUGAUGAAAUGAAUGAUGUGGAUAAAUUUCUAUUACAAAUAUCCAAAGUAGAACGUUUGGAACCUAAACUAAGAAUAAUGUUCUAUAUGAAUAAUAUUAAUAUGCCUGUCGAUUCACCGGCUUUCAAUCAUAAAUCAAGCAGCAAUAAUGAAUCUACAAUGGUCAUGACUAUUAUAACGCAAUAUUUACAACGAAUUCAAUCGAUACGGGAAGCAGCCAUAGCUAUACGAACAUCACCCGGUGUACGAGAAAUAUUGGAAUAUAUUCUUGUUUUUGGCAAUUAUUUAAAUUGUUCCACACGCACAUUGGCUACAGCACCAGCAUAUGGAUUCAAAUUGCAAACACUGGAUUUGAUUACUGAAACCAAAUCUUCUGUGGAUCGUUCACGUUCAUUGUUACAUUAUCUGGUUGAUGUAAUAAUGGCUAAAGAAAAACCGGGUGGUAAUCAUUCUGGUCCAAGUAAAUCUGAAGUAUUGGCCACUGCUUUAGCUAUACGUCCAUUAUUGAUUAGUAAUCGAUCACAACAUCAUCAAUUAAGUGGUGCUAAUUCGGAUGCCAACGUCUUGGAAAACAUUAAAAUGCCCUAUGAUUUUGAUCACCUGUUGCAGAUAAUCGAACGGGCAACAUCAGUUUCUUUGGAAACCUGUGUAGCCGAAGUAGUGGAAAUAGAAAAAGGAAUGGAAUUAUGUCGAAAUGAAUUACAGCUUCGUAAUCAAGGUGGUCUAGCAUCAAGUCCGGCAACCAAAACUAUACAACUAUUCAUACAACAAAAAGGACCAGAAGUUUCUGGACUAAAAGACGAAUUAAGAAAAACACAACAACAAUAUAAUGAAUGUGUGGAAUAUUUUGGUGAAAAUCCUAAAAUGUUAGAAUCAUCAAAUCAAUUGUUUGGAACUUUUGUUCGUUUUCUUAAAAAUUUCAAACAAUGCCAGCUAGACAAUCUAAUGGCACAACGUAAACGUAUUGAAGAGGAAUUACGACAACAAAUUCUUGCUAAACAACAACAACGUAUGAUGCAACAACAACAACAACAACAGAAUGGUGCUAAUCAAUCCGAUCAAACAGGAAAUAAUCAUCAUCAACAACAACAUGGAACAACUAGUGAUAAUCAAAAAGUGAAAGAAAAACGUCUACUCAAGCAGGAUGAAGUUUAUAAUGGUGCAUUGGAGGAUAUACUUUCAGGUCUCAAAAAUGAACCAUUUAGACGUGCAGAUGCUGUACGAAGAAGUCAACGUCGACGUCAAGCCAAUAUGGCUGCAAAUGAAAUGCAAGAUAAUGUAUGAUAUUGAAAUUCUUGUGACACGAAAUACUCGUCAUUUUCAAAUUAAAUUAUCGAUGAUGAUUGCAACCUUUGUGAAAUAAUGAUAAUGUGAAUUGCUCAACUAAAUUCGGACUGAAUUCCAUGAAUUUUUUUUCUUAAAAAAAUCACACAUCUUUAAUGAAUUAAAAUUCCAUCAACUGAAUAUAUAUUUUUUGUAUAUCGUCUUUGAUUUUUCCCCCCAGAAGACGAUGUUGCCAUACUGUUUUUCAUUUUUUUAAAUUAUUUUUUUGAUUAAUUUUUAUGUUGUUUGAUUGAUUUUUUUGCUUCAUG